UUUUAAUGUACGAACAAGAACUUCCAUCCAAUUUAGAUGACUUUCCCAAUUACAAUCUUAAGCAAUCAACUGAAUCAGAGAAAGUCGUUGUAGAUGAUGAUCAAAAGAAAAAAGCUGCCUAUCAAUUCAUGCAAUCUUUGGAAAAGAAUCUCAGAACCAAGAUCAGCAGUCCUCAACAACGAGUGCAAACACUAGCCGUGUCUCUUGAAUUGUAUGAUACAAUUUUCAAUAAAAUUUAUUGCAAUACUCUUUAUAAGGUAUCAUAUUCAUCUCAAAUCAAACAGGACACCUUAUUCCCCUUGGCGGAAAGUUUGGAAGAGGCUUUCAAUGACGAAUUUGACUCCAUAACCAAAUUGCUCUUCAAUGAGAGUUGCUACAGACAUGCAUUCUAAAGUGUGCAAUAACAAUUCAAUUUGCAAACCUCAAUAGAAUCAUGGCAAAAUUACUAAUUGCUCUUUGCAGCACUGCAAUAAAAGUAUACAACAUGCUGAAUUAGGCAAAACAUUGAUCUCCCCCUCCCUCCAAGUUGGAUUUGGGAUAUCUUGGAUGAAUACGUAUAUCAAUUUUAUGUGUCCUCCAGAUGGAGAAAGCUAUUGAAGAACGAUGAAAUAACUCAAUUGAAAAACAUACAGGACUAUUGGAAUCUGGAAGAGAUACUCAAAACUUUAGAGGCAUUCUCCUCUCAACGAAAUAGCGCAGUCUAAAACACCUUCCAAUACCUGGCCUAUUAUUCCUACUUAGCCACAGCGAAAUUGCAUGUGAUGUCUGGUAAUUUUAAUGCAGCCUACACUAUGUUAUCAUAAAUUCAACACUCGGAAUUGAUUAUUUACAGCAAAUCAGGUGGAGCCUACUAAUCAUUAUUCAGCUAUGCAGGAUUCUGUUUCUUAUUGAAUAAGGAAUACAAGAAAGCCAAUCUUACCUUAACCUUGAUUGUUAAUUACUUCAAUAAAUAUAAAUAGUUAUAUACAAAAUCCUAUCAAUAUGAUAGUUUAAUCAAACAACACGAGAAAAUAUUGGCAUUGUUAGCUGUUACAUCUAUAUUUUACCCUGAAAUUGAAGACAACAUAAUCACACUCUUGAAGGAGAGCAGGAACAAAUUAUUUGAAAAAUACGAAAAAAUAUUGAAGUAUGAUCAAUAACUCAUUGGGGAAGUCUUUUUGCAAUCAUGUCCAAAGAUUAUCAACACAAUCAAGAAUAUGAAAGAGUUCCAAACAGAAUAGGAACUUAAUCCCAAUGAAACAAUCAUAGAGGUGAAGGAUAAAUUGCUAAAAGAAGUAUUGGAGGCCAAGAGAAUCAAUGAUGUUGAACAAGUAUUGAGUCUCUACAAUCAAAUAACCUUUGAGCAUUUCAAUAAGGUAAGAUAAAAUUAAAUGUCAAUAUAGUUGCUACCAGAGAAGUAUGUCUAAUUGUACAUCGACAGGAACAGCGUCGCAUUAAAUGAAAAUUCCUUUGAGUCUACUAUUCUUAGCAAAUUUUGGUAGAAAUCUAAAUUGUUGGAAAUUGAGAUUAAGAACAAAAUAAUCCAUGUCAAGGAAGUUCAAGUUAACUAGGUAUAUUUAAGUUUAAUUCUUUAUAGAGAGACUUCAUUAAUUAAUUGGCUUAGAUGAAUGCAAGUCUUGAGAAGAGCAUUUAAGAGUUGAGUAAGAAUUUGUGA